UCUCCUCCUAUAAGUAAGCCUCAAUCUCAUAUUUGCUUUCACAUUUCUUAACUAUUGUACUUCCAGUUCACAAUCUCAUACUUAUUUGCUUUCAAAUUUGUACCUCCAUGGACCCUGAAAACCAUAGUCCCCACAAACCUAAGUCCGGCUAUCUGUCCAACAUCAUCGACCAAGUGAAAACCAAUUUAGUUUUUCGAUCAAAAUGGGCCGAGUUGAAUGGUGCAAUGGGGGACUUAGGCACGUUCAUUCCAAUAGUUCUGUCCUUGACACUAGCUAAUGACCUUAACCUAGGCACAACAUUAAUAUUCACCGGUGUCUACAAUAUUGUCACUGGUGCCAUCUAUGGUGUCCCUAUGCCUGUGCAACCCAUGAAGGCCAUUGCAGCUGCAGCCAUAUCUGGGUCUGAUUUUGGUGUCCCAGAAAUCAUGGCUUCCGGAAUUUUAACCGGAGGGGUUUUAUUGGUUUUGGGUAUAACUGGAUUGAUGCAACUAGUGUAUAAGAUAAUUCCUCUUUCUGUUGUAAGAGGAAUUCAGCUUGCACAGGGGUUAUCAUUUGCACUAACUGCGGUUAAGUACAUUAGAAAAAUUCAGGAUUUUUCUAAAUCAAAGGCUAAAGCGGAUAGGCCCUGGCUUGGUUUGGAUGGGUUGGUUUUGGCUAUAAUUUGUGCUUGUUUUAUAAUUGUUAUUAAUGGUGCAGGUGAGGAAGAGCAAAGUGGUGAAAGAGGAACUGCUGGUGUUUUAGGUGACGAAGAAAUAAGGCUUAGAAGAGGAGUGAGGAAGAUUAUCUUUUCAAUUCCUUCAGCUUUUAUUAUCUUUUUAUUUGGUGUGGUUUUUGCCUUUAUAAGGAGACCUAAAGUGUUGGAAGAGAUUAGAUUUGGACCAUCGUCUUUUCAAGUAGUGAAGAUGUCUAAGCAUGCAUGGAAGGAAGGGUUUAUAAAGGGUACAAUUCCUCAACUCCCUUUGUCAGUACUAAAUUCUGUGAUCGGGGUGUGCACGUUGUCGUCUGAUCUUUUUCCGGGGAAGGACUUAUCGGCCACGUCACUUUCCGUGACCGUCGGGUUAAUGAAUGUGAUAGGGUGUUGGUUUGGAGCUAUGCCAAGUUGCCAUGGUGCUGGUGGGUUAGCUGGGCAGUACAAGUUUGGUGGUAGGAGUGGUGGGUGUGUGGCACUUCUUGGCACAGCUAAAUUGGUGUUGGGUUUGGUAUUAGGGACUUCUUUGGUGAAGAUUUUGGACCAAUUUCCUGUUGGGAUACUUGGAGUUUUGCUCUUGUUUGCUGGGAUUGAGCUAGCUAUGGCUUCAAGGGACAUGAAUUCCAAGGAGGAAUCUUUUGUGAUGCUUAUUUGCACAGCGGUUUCACUUGUGGGUUCAAGUGCAGCGCUUGGUUUUCUGUCUGGGAUGAUUGUGCAUGUGCUUCUUAGGCUAAGAAAUUUGAGUAAGAUCAACCCUGUUGUUCCAUAGUAUAUAGACCAUUAGCUAGGCUUAUUUCAUAUUCUUCUAUGUCUAUGUGCAAAAGGGUACGAGUGAAGGUUUCUAAGGUUGAGAAUUUUUAAUUAUUUAAGAGAGAGAAAAAAAAAAAGGUUCCAUAUGUUCUUGUGCAAUUGUAAAGGUUCUCCACUCAAGCGAAUAAUAUCUCUUUUGUUUUC